AUAACACUCGCAAUGCAUGAACACUGUCUAAAACCAAGCCAAAUAGAAAAGUUUUCAUGCAACGCGAGUAUAAAUUAAUAUGAAAAGCUCAAAAACUAAACGCAAGUUUAGAUUUGAAACGUCACAGGAACUAAGCGAUAUGACGCGGAACGAUUCCGAUAGUACAAGUACUCAAAGCACGCCAACAAAGCAAGGGAAGCGUCCAUUGCGGCCUCUAUCCGAACCGAGGUUGAAUUCGAGCAGUCGUACGCAGAAAUGGAUGUUAGCACUGCUCUUGUACAACACUUGCGUGGCUCCGAUGUCCUCGUACUGCGCGAACACGAUACUCCAGUAUGGAAUGGACGCGGCCAAGUACAAUGUCGUGUCGAAUCUGUUCGACUUUCUGAUGAAAGAGGCACAACGAGAAAUACACGUUCUAUAAGAACUUGUCGGGGAUUUGGCACAUUUUUAAAAGGAAGGAAAGGGAUUGAUGUUUGUAAGUGCAUAGUUCUGCAAGGCGCACUGUUUUGUAGAUUUUUUGAUCAUUUUUUGUCGGAUCGUUAUUGCUUUUUAAUAGUUUUUAGUUGUAAAUAUGCAUAUUUCAUUGUAUUGCAGAACUAUGUUGUUACCACCUCAUUCUAGUUUUGUAAUUAGAAAUAUAGAUUCGUGUUUUUACGUAGUUAGAUGGUGAAUUGAUUUAAAAAUAAU